CUCGGAGCUGGGAGCUGGCAGCUCGGCAGAGCUGAUGUUUUUGUUACGGAGGCAGCGGCUGGGUUUUCGGCACAACUCAACCUAGCUGUGGCGCAUGCGUGGAUGAUUAGUGAAGUGCGAGACAUCGCGGCAAUCGGACGUUGCAGACGCGUGGAAGAUCGAAUCUUCAAGAUCCAGAUUCAGAUAAACAUACAGAUCCAUAUCAGCAGACAGAUUGUAUCCAUACUUAAUCAGAGAUACGGCUACAAAGGUACAGACACAAAAUGGCGCAGGGCCUUCCUUUAAUUUUUGUCUGUGUCGUGCUCCUAAAUGCGGUCGCCUCCUUCGCCUGGAAGCCCAUCGCGGGAUCCUCCGGCGGCAGCUCGGCCUCCUACAGCCUCAAGCAAUCGCAUCCGGGGUCAGCGAGUAGCAGCCAUGAGAUGUCCACAAGCUUUUCGCAAUUCGCACCGGCUGGCGAAAAGGAAUCCGCCGACGUUGACGAAGAUGAGCUGCUCCUGGGCAGAGCGGCCAUUGUGAAUGGCGUGGAUGCGGGAGCCUCGGUGGCAUCCCAGCGAGGUUCCGGCAUCAGCUUUGCCGAUCAUGUGGAGGAGCAGUACGAGUCGUACAGCAUUGAGGAUGAGCCGCUGACCUUCACGAGGACACCGCUGUACGGCGCCGACCGGUGCAGCGUUAAGAAGUUCGCCUUCAACCAGGACGGCGAGGUGGAAUACGGCAAUCCGAUCCCGGAGCUGGACCAGUUCACCUUUUGCUUUUGGAUGCGAUUCACCAACCACAGCGGCGAUCAUGUCCUCUUGACCUACGAGGCUGGAAAGGAACCACGCGAGGUGCAAAUCUGGGUCGCAAAUGCGCAGAAUUCCAGUUUCCUUUCGAUGGCCAUAAAAGGUCAGCAAAUGUACAGAUUGAACUACCCGCUGAAAAUGCGGCAGUGGCAUCACAUGUGCAGCUCGUGGAAUGGCAAGACGGGCGAGUGGCAGGCCUGGCUGAAGGCAGAACGCAUUGGGCGUGGCUUCCACAACUCGUUGGUGGGUCAUAAAAUCCCAGCGAACGGCAAGCUGCGCUCCGGCGGAAGCUCGGUCACUGGCGAGGUGAGCCACGGCCUACACUUUGAGAUGACGCUGGUCCAGGUCUACCGGGUGGCACUCAGUGCCGGCAAGGCGCAUCGCGACCACAAGCACCACCAUGUUCACCACUUCGACCAUGAAGGCCAGGAGCUGUCCAGCACCACUCGCGCUCCACCCUCGAUCAAUCGUCCCCAGCCCAUGCACACGCUGCUGGCCAGUGGGCAGAUCCCGACCAGAGUGCGCAUCAACCUGGCCAACCCACCGCCUCCGCCUCCAGCCAAUGGAGCGGCCUCGCCCGCUCUUGCUGCACCCGCCGAUCCCGCCCAGCAGGCCAUCACCAUCAAUACGAACUUCGUGAAUGGACAGAUCAACGCGGGAUCACGACUGGUGGCCCAGCAGCUCCUGGGACUCUCGCCGUCGGGUGGCCCACUGCAAGCCAAUCGCUUUCAGAUGCUGAGCAACUCAGCCAACGUGAAGUUCAUCGAUGAAACGGAAACCCACAUCCAGUUCAAGCGGGAGGCUGACCCCUCCAAGAAGCUACAAAAGCGCGGACUGGUCUUGCUGGACGAUGGAUCCGUGGUGGACGACGGAUCCGGAGCGGAUGCCGGCCUGAUCUACAAUGGACUCGCCGACUUCGGGGGCCAGCAGUUCAAGCAGGACCUUACGCUUAAGAUGAGCCUGGAGGAGGAGAUCAGCACGCACGACCGGGAGCCCGCCGAGGAGGAGGUUAAGGCGGUGAUGGCUAUCUGCAGUAGUUGCCACUCGGAGCCCUUCCAGGGCGCCAUUGUGUUCGCGUGGAAGGAUGUACGCGAGCACAUGAACAACGCCCUCAAGGGCCUCAGUGUGGGUCCUUGCGGCAACUUCUAGUAGUCCAAGGACCCCCGAGCUAGAGCUUCCCCAUUGCCCAUCUUUCCUGUCCAUCUGCUCUUUUUUUUUUUUUUGUUUCUACAUGGUGUGGGCGUCUCUAGUCCCACAUGUCCAUGUGGGAGUCAACGCUUUACAGUGGCGCCACCAGGGCCCUCCCAACAAUCCUUGACUCGCUCAUGGACAUCCAUCCCCAUCCCCAAUCCCUAGCCCAAUCCCACACCUUAGCAAUUACGCGGUGAUAUUGAAUAAAGGACUAUUUAAAUCAAAA